GCGGCCUGGCUCCUUGUUUACCCGCGGUGCAUGUCGGGGCGGUCUCCUUUGGCAACGCCGGCCCUCGCGCUGACCCGGGGCGAUGCCGCGAGGGCGCGGUGGCGGAACCGUGCGCCAGAUCCCCGCCGCGUCCGCGCCCUUGGCGAGUCCCAGCUACUACAAAAGGGUGGGCCAGCUCCAGCAGGCGCUGCGGGACAGUGAAAAGAAGAGAUUUGACCUGGAAGACAAGCUUUAUGAAUACAAUAAGUCUGAUAAGUGCAGAGCUAAGCUGAAAUGUGCAAAACUAAAGAAAUACCUGAAGGAAAUAUGUGAAUCUGAAAGGAGGGCUCAUGUCCGAAACCAAGGAUAUUUGAAGAAGUUCGAGUGUGUCCAGACUUAUGUUGAACACUUGACCACAAAUACAGAGAAGCUUCAAAAACUGAAGACUGACUAUGAGGCUGAAAUAAAGAAGAUGCACCUACUGUUAAAAGACAGCCUGGGAAUGAAAGAUGAAGACAGAGAAAAGGAUGCAGUGCAGGCAGGAAUUAACUCAGGGACACCCAUGUCAAGAGGAUUGUAUCAACCAGCAACAAUCUUUAUGGGCCGCCAGAUGUCAGCCAUCUCAAGCAUUGAUGAUUUCAGUACAGAGCAGAAAUCUAACCAACCCACAAAGAACUGUUCAAUUCCUGACCCACAUUCACACCAACAGACAGCCCAGAGCAGCUGUGUGACAGACAGCUGUGUAGUACAAACUAAUAGUGACACACAGUUCUUAAAUAAGUCUGACAAAAUAGAUGGAAAGACAUCUCUUCAGAUUGGUGAGAAAACGCCAGUCACAAGCCAUGUAUUGUCUGAGGAAGAACAAACUCAUUGCUUGGAGAUAGGGAGCAGCACACGUCACAGCAAGAGUAAUUUAUCUGAAGGCAGAAAGUCUGCUGAACUCCAUUCCUCGUUACAGGAAAGAUUAAGUCCAGAGAACAGAACCACUGAUUUAAAGGGUGACAGUUCCAGCAGAUCAGAGGGAUCAGACGGAGAAAUACUGACACAAGAACAUAUUGAAGUCGGGGAAGAAAAAGCUAGGCCGCCAGUCCCCGUGCUAUCAGUUUCAGAACACCGUGCAUCUGCAAAUAAGUGGGCUGGAGAGAGGCAUUCUGCUUGGGAAGGUUUCUCAGAUGCUCUUGCUCAUGGGGACCCAAAGUCACAAAAGGCCUUUCUGAAAAUGCAGGAGGAGCAGGAGGAGGAGGAAAGUUCAUGCAGCAGCAGUGACCUCACAGUUUCUCUAAGUGAAGAUGAUCUCAUUUUGGAGAAUCUGGAGUCACUGCCAAAUCCAGGAGCCAAGAUGAAGGGUGAAGAUGGAAGGCAGGCCUCACGAUCAGUCUACACUGAGCAGCAAAGAGAUCCCUUCUUCACUGAUUAUGGUUUUCACAUCCAAAGCCUUCCUGAUUCAGAAAAGGAGUCCUCCCCAGACUCACCAAGACAAUCUGAACAAGUACCAGGUUGGCACUUAUUGAAGACACAAGGACAGUGUAUGAAGGAACGUGAUAAUUCUCCUAAAGAAGAGGCCACAGCAUUAUUGAAAAAAGUCCUUACAGAAGAAUGUGACCAUAGGUCAGCUAUUCACAGCAAUGAAUCAUCUUGCAGCAUGCCAUCUAUUCUGAAUGACAAUAAUGGAAUAAAGGAAGCAAAACCCGCUCUGCGGCUCAACAGUGUUCUUACAAGGGAACAAGAAGUUUCAAGUGGCUGUGGAGAUGAGAGCAAGGAAGAAAGCAUAGCUGCAACCCCAGUCACAGAGACAAAAGCCUACCAGUUACUGAAGAAAUCUACCCUUCAGGAUAAUUCGAAUCAACAUGAAGAGAAGUUUGAAAGUCAAUUUUCAAGUUUGGAUAUCGGCAGCAGCGCAUUCAAGACAAAGGCGGCCCACAAAAUCGCUUCGGAAGCUAGUUUUUCAUCUAGUAAAGGAAGUCCUUUGUCAAGGCAUGAAAACAAAAGGGACCCGGUGGCCACUAUAAAGUCGAAUGCCUUCUGGGGGGAGUCUGAUGACAGUAGCUCUGAAAUUGAAGCUGCUCUUCGCCCUAGAGACCAGAACAUGUCUGAUGACUUUGAUGAUUUUUAUGACACCUAAGCUGUUACAUGCUGGAAAUAAAGUCUUUAAACAAAU